AUGUGUGUAAAUGUUUACUUUUUAUGCCAUUUCAAGUUUGUUCAUAUCUACUCAAUUUGUGAAAAUAGAGGAGAAAAACGGGAAGUACUAGGUAGAUAUAGGAUAGCUCAACCGUUUCAAGGUAGUAUGCAUGCAAAGAAUACCAAACUUGCAAUGAAUGCUCCUGAAUAUCCUCAGAAUAAAAUACUGGUGUUAUCGCAUCACUCGCACAACUUUUUGAAAACUCAACUAUUGCAGGACUUAUUCCACUGCAGUACGACCAGUGUCAGUAUAAUAAAGGACCAAACUUGGGAAAAUAAAUACUAUAAAACCUCUUUCGAUCUGUAUAUAGAUUCGUUCAAAGACUUGCCAGUAUGGAUAGAGGAAUUUGUUACAUUGGAAUGUGAGCCACUUAGAAACGUUAUGGCAGGAAUAAUCCUAAUAACAGACAAUAGAUUAAUGGCACCACAAGAACUAUUGACCCAAUUCAUGACGUCCGUUCAUCCAAAUACAUUUAUUGUGUUGGUUAAUGUUAACAAAGAAGUGGAGCAAGAGGAAAUUGAUGAACUCAAUGAAAAUCGGUGCAGCAGUUUCACCAACGUCAUCGAAUUCAUAAAUUGGACUAGGUCAAAGCCAACCAUCAAUCACAACGAAUAUGGGGAGAAAUUGGGGCUUGAUAGGGUACAGGAAAUAAUAGAUACCCACGAUUGGUUAAAUUGUAAGCUUCAACCGAUAACUAUGAUAAUGGACAAGAAAUCCAAGGAUAUGCCACUUGAACAGAUAAUUAAAAAUCUGCAAAGUGCGAGAAUAAAGUAUAAAUCUAUGGAGAACAGUAAUGAAGCUGAUGCUUUUGCAGAAGAAAUUGCUGAACAACUAUCCGAAUUUUUAUGA